CUCGGAGAUCCCGAGUUCGCUUGCAGCAAGGCAGUUUUCACCUGCUCAGCGUCGCCAUGUCGCCAUCGCAAUGUCGCUGGCGCGCAGAGAUCAUAUUCCAACAACAGGGGCCCCAGGAUUGGAGGAUAUCAUCGAAAUCCAUGUGGUUGGCUUGGAUGGCGAAACAUUUAGCUUGAGGCUUCCAGAUUCCAAGAUUGGUCGGGAUCUACAUGGAAGGAUCAGUCGCCGACUGCCUUGCAAAGCUGGCGCUGGCCUCGCCAUCUUCAUGGGAACCGAGAAGCUCCAAAUGGGCAAGACCCUGAGAGAACAGGGGUUGAAAGACGGUGCCACGAUUUCCUACACCUAUGUCCGGUCCAACUUGGCAAAGGCCGUGGCUUACAUUCUAUGCCAGGGCUUACACACAGACCAGGAAGAUCAGGCAGUUACAGCUUUGGAAGGUCUCACACAACUGACGCUUUGGGUCUCCCCAGACAUGUUUCAGAAUUUGCCUCGAAGCUUACAGAGCCUGUCUAUUUGCGGCCGAUGUAGUCGGCGGUUGGAGCACAUCACUUUGCCAAGCGACCUCCAAUGUUUGCAGCUCGGCAAUAAGUUUAAUCAGAGCAUCGAGGACAUCCGUUUGCCUGACAGCCUGAAACACCUGACUUUUGGCAUGGACUUCAAUGCGAGCUUGGACAACGCCAAGCUGCCAAGUAAGCUCCAAAGCCUGACCUUUGGCCAUGACUUCAAUGAGAGCUUGGACCAUGUGAAGUUGCCAGACGGGCUUCAAAGUCUGACGUUUGGCCAUGACUUCAACGAGAGUCUGGACGAUGUCGAGCUUCCAGACGGACUCCAGAGCUUGAAGUUUGGAAGCAAGUUUGACCAGAGCUUGGAGGAUGUGAAGCUGCCACAGAAGCUCCGAAACCUCACAUUUGGCAGUAGGUUUGACCAGAGCCUUGAUCAUGUGAAUCUGCCAGAUGGGCUGCUGAGCAUGAGUUUUGGUUAUAGAUUCAAUCAGGCCUUGGAAGAUGCGAACCUUCCAAGUGGUCUACAAGCACUGGCAUUUGGCCAUGGAUACAGCCAGAGUUUUCAGCACGUUGAUUUGCCGCAGGGGCUUCAACGGCUCAAUUUGCCUCAUGGUGAUGUAUCCAAGCGGGAGAACCACCUGACAUUGCCCAAAGACCUUCAGCACCUCACCUGUGGCUGUGGAUUUGUUGGGACUUUGGAGCACCUUGCUCUACUAAGCUCUCUCCAAAGUUUGACUCUGCGUGGGAACGAGAGUUUGGAGCACAUCAUUCUGCCCAGCGGGCUUCAGAGCCUAGACUUGGGGGAUGACUUUAAUCAGAGCUUGGAGCACAUCCACAUGCCCAAGGCUAUGCGAAGCUUGACCUUCGGCGAUGACUUCAACCAUAGCUUGGCGGAUAUCAAUCUGCCAGACGGGCUCCAAAGCCUGACUCUCGGCUACCGAUUUCAACAAAGUUUGGAGUACGUUAAUCUGCCGAAUAAGCUCCAAAGCUUGACUUUGGGCUUCGGAUUUAAUCAAAGUCUAGAGCGCGUGACUUUGCCGAAGGGGUUGCAAAGCCUCACGUUGGGCAACAGGUUCAAUAGGAGUUUGGAGCACGUUCUUUGGCCGUUUGGGUUGCAAAGCCUCACAUUGGGCGAUAGAUUCAAUCGGAGUUUGGAUCAUGUUAACUUGCCACAUGGACUGCAAAGCCUCAAAAUUGGCCAUGGCUUCAAUCGGAGUUUGGCGCAUGUGGAUUUACCGAUCGGGCUCGAAAGCCUGAGUUUGGGCGAUUCGUUCAACAGCUUGGAUCAGGUGCAUCUGCCCAGAGGGCUUCGAAACCUAGUUUUGGACGCUGCGUUCUUUUGCCGCAGCUUGCGGCGUGUCAUUUGGCCUGAUGGGCUUCAACACCUGACCUUGGGCGCAACCUCUCAUGGCUGGAAACACCUCGAGCUCCCCAACGGGCUCAAGAGUGUCACCCUCGGCUCUUUGUACGUCUCCAUCGCUCCCUUCGGUGGAGCAGCGGGGCAUGCGGUCUCGCCCGACACUCCUUGAGGAGUCAUGUUUCGAUUCGCUGAAUCAAAGGGAUGGC